AAAUCAUCAAUUUUGCCUUUCUUAUGUCCUAAAUUCAUUUGUCUUAUGAAAAUACUGCCACACAGUGCACCAACUAGUUCCGAAGAUCGAAAUCGAAGAUGGUAGCCCUUUUGUGCUACUCACAUCUCCCCAUUUCCCUCCAAUUAUCUUCUUCGCGCCCAAAUAAACCCCCAUUUUCUCUCAAUUUCGGCGCCAGAAUUUGUUCAGCUUCCAACCAAUCCUACAAAACCAGAAACCGGACGACCCGCCGGAGGAGUGAUUUCAGCGACGGCGCUGACCCGGUUCAGGAGUCGGGUUUCUUCAACGAAAACGGCGCCGUCGAGGACAUGGACGGCUACCUCAAUUACCUAUCCCUUGAGUACGACACCGUGUGGGACACCAAACCUUCAUGGUGCCAACCUUGGACAAUCGGUCUAACUGGAAUAGGAAUAAUUACGGGUAGUUGGCUGAUUUUGAACUCCAUUAUUGUUACCUCGAUAGUAGCAGUUGUAAUUUGUUUGUGGUGGUACAUAUUCUUGUACUCGUAUCCAAAGGCAUACUCGGAUAUGAUUGCCGAGCGAAGAAAGAAGGUAACAAAUGGUCUUGAAGACACUUACGGUAAGGAGACAGAACAGUGAACUUUUAAGAUGAAAAAGUUCAUCAUUGUAAAAGAUAUUACACACUUUCCAGAUUUUUGGUAUAAGUUUUACAUUGUAAUUUGUAGCACUCAAUUGUCAGAAACUUUGCACUUCUCAUGUCGGGUCCCCUUCCAUACCA